GCUGCAACGAAAAUACAUAGAAUUCCUACGAGACAGACUAACGUGGUAGAGUACAUGACGGACGAAGGAGAAGACGAAGACGAAGUGGAAGUGAAAGCGAUGAACACAGAGGUUUCAUCGAUUUCGAAAGAGGUAGCCAACCUCGACGCGGAAGUUAAGUAUGACGACGAUCGGGCCAAGUAUACUUCGGCCCAGAGUGAUCCAGCUAGUAAGACGGAACGGACGGACGGAUUCGCUAUCUGUAGACUUACGCGGACGUUUGAGCGCGGUAGUCGAGUGAGGCCCCGAGUGCGAGAGCCCCAGCUUAAAGAGCUCAGGCCUCCAGGCCUUCGUCGUAGUUCAUGUGCGAUGAGCACCAAGUCGACGAUCGACUCAGAGAUUAGAGAAGAUGUUGCUAUUCCAAGUGUGGAUUCGAGUUUUGAUGACAGACGGGCAUCGAUUGCCAACCUAGAGAGACAGGAAAGUCAAGUUAGUGACGGAUCGUUGGAACGGAUGAUCAGAGACGAAGAGUUUGAUUGUGUACGAGAGCGAUGUGACGCGGAGUCACUGGCCAGCGGACAUGAAGUUAGAUUUGGAGAGAGCGCGAUCGUCCCUGCGCCAGAGUCCCCAGUCGAUUCGAUUGACGAUAUGACGGAUCUAGACGAAGUCCACGGAAGAAGUUACGAAAUACCGUUUAAGUUUGACGACGACGAGUCGAGUACGAUGAGUAGCGGCCACGUUGGCACCCCAGGACGAGUUCAGUAUGACAUGACGGAGUAUGAGACCAGCGACGAAAGUUCAUUGGAUGUGAUGGCAGCGGACGCACCCAGAUCGCGCGAGUUUGAUGUGAUCGAGUCUGCAAUGCCAGAGUGUUUGCCUCAGGCGAAAGUUGAGCAAGCGAUUCACGAGGAGAUAGAACGAGAGACAGAGUCAAAAGAGCUUAGGCCUCCCAGCCCUCGCUCUAGCAUAGCCGGAAUGUAUGUCGAGUGCGCCGAAAGUUCAGAGUUCAGCGAUUCAGGAUGUAGCGAGGAGGACGUUGAGUUUAAAGAGCUAAGGCCUCUCAGCCUUUGCUCAACUGUGGUUGAGGAGUCCCUCAGCUUCAGUCCUAGCGAGUAUUUGUAUCAGACGGUUGACGACGACGAGGUUAGAGAAGAGGUUAGAGCGCGAGUGUCUCAGUCGAAAGAUCCUCCGGCAAUGCGGAGUGACUUGUGGAAGAUGUACGGCCCCUGUGGCUACUUCAUGCCCUGGCACUCAUUCCCAAUUGUCGUGGAUCCAGCGCAGAGAAGUUCAGAGCAGUUGUUAGGAUGUGAUCUAGAGAUCGAAGCGCCCACGGAGUCAAAGUUAAGCGCAGCGCAGCCACCAAUUCAGAAUGGCGGCAACGUGAUCGAAUUCGUUGAAGCACGAUCUAUGGCCACAGUUUUAGACGAGAACGAGAGUACAAAGACGCGCAGUUUUUCGUUUGAGUGCAGCGUGGCACAGAGAAGUUCUCCCCUCCCCCAUUUUCUCUAA